AUGGCGGCUCCCCAGCGCAACCAGCCCUCGAUGGGCGACUCACUCAAGUUGCCGCACUCGGUGAGCCUGAAGGUGCUGAGGCUCUCGCGGCCAUCGCUGGCAACGCAGUACCCGCUGCCCAACUCGCAGGAGCUUGGGAUCUCGCCCAAAGCCUCGCUCGCAUACCCGUCCGAUGCUAACAGGAACGACACGUUUAUCCUCAGCCCCGCCCUCAACCUCCCCGAAGCCUUCGGCAGCGCCUACGUCGGCGAGACGUUCUCGUGCACCCUGUGCGCCAACAAUGAGCUGCGCCCCUCGGAUAGCACAAAGUCGGUCAGUGGCGUGAGGAUACAGGGCGAUAUGCAGACGCCGUCAAAUCCCACAGGGGCGCCUCUAGACCUCGCAUGGGCAGACGGCGAGCUCGACGGCGCCGCGUCCCCCGCACCGGGCGAGUCACUGCAGCGGAUAUUGCGGUUCGAGCUCAAAGAGGAGGGCAACCACGUCCUGGCAGUUACCGUCGCAUACACCGAGACAGCGCUGGGAGAAGGCAAGGCCUCGGGUGGCCGGGUGCGCACGUUCCGCAAGCUGUACCAGUUCGUUGCGCAGCAGCUGCUGAGCGUGCGGACCAAGGCCGGAGAGCUGAGCAAGACAGACGGCAUGUCGAGAUACCUUCUAGAGGCCCAGCUGGAGAACAUGGGCGAGGCUGCUGUCUGCUUGGAGGCCGUCACAGUCAAUCCGAAACCGCCCCUGAAAUCAACAUCUCUAAAUUGGGACAUGCCUUCCCCAGGAUCCACGCAGGCUAAAGCCCCUAUACUCACACCCCGCGACGUGAUUCAAGUAGCGUUUCUGCUGGACGAGCAACCCGACGCUUCAGAGUCGCAUGACGAGGCCUCAACGGCAGGUGAUGACUCCAGGAAGGUUCUCGGACAAUUAGCUAUUCAAUGGCGGAGCGCACUGGGCGACCGCGGGUCCCUGAGCACCGGUUGGCUGACCAGCCGACGAUGA